GCAAGUAAAUGGUAGCGAGUGGGUUGGUUGGUGGUGAGGUAUUAGAGUAGGCAUUUGAGCCAACUGAAUUCGAUUCCUGGGUGCCUCAACCUUACAGUACCUACCGGGAGGCCUAUUAACCAGAUCUCUAUAGGUACCACUCCCUCUAAUCUAACCUAGCUUACAGUGGUGCGCAAGCCCACCGGCCUACCGGUCCUGUCCUAUCCUAUUCCUGUUCCCAUCCAUCCAACCUGCCCGCACCAGCCCCCACUAAAAAAAGAAAACUGGAUGAGGCCAGCCUGCCCUUUGCGCUGAGUUACAGGACACUUUGACCACCAGUCAAGUCAAGUAAGUGUCAGUCAGUCCAUCAUUGGACACGCACGCAAAGCCCGGACACACGCAAAACGCACAGCCAGUACGGACCGGCCCCUUUACGUCGUCGCCUCACCUUUCCGGCUUUUUUCUCCAUCGCAUACCUAACUCCUCCUACCUGAACCACCACCAUCUCAACCCUCUUCCACAGCUCAACCCCUUCCUUUUCGCGGAUUGCUGCAUCCUCUUCUCCAGGCUUUAGACCAUAUUGUAAUGACGCCUGUAUAUUGACCCCAUUUCGACUCACCCUCCUUUAGUCUCUUCUUAUUGACGGCUUUCUAUUCUCCCUCUUUCGCAUCUCUCAAUUUUGCUCCGAGAGCGGGAUCCGAUCGUUGCUGUGCAAAUUCCUCCUUCUUUCCCCAGCAACGCCCACCAUCCCAGGAACCGGAAACAAAGUCGGGAAGCGGUUGAAUUGUGACACAGCGCAAUCAAUUCUUUACUUCUUGACUUAUCCAAGUCGAGCCUCUCCUAGAACGAUAUCGAUAUUGAACGACCUCUGGUGUCUAGUACCAUCUUCAUAACUUCCGGCCACCAUCCCCUCGACGGACGACCCAAAAAUCGGUCCCAGUUGAGGUAAUCCUAAGGCCGCAAAACUCGAUCAUCGAACAUUGGCACUGGCGAUCACACUCGCUCACAUUAUACGACAUCUAGACGAGCCUUAAUAGGCUUGCCCACCGCGCGUCUUCAAAACCAAUCUUAUUUGUGGGCUACCACACCUGAUGACGACCGGGAAUACAUAAUCGAUAAUGUCGACUUCUAGAUCAGACCACCUGACAAUCAACAACUAUGCCCAGGCUGCAUCGGGCCAACAGCGGUCGUCCUCGCCCACGACAAGCACCUCUCCCAAUGAUCCAUUGGGAGCUCCUAUGAGGUCACCGUUUGGAAUCUCGUCCAGCAAAAUGCAGGGAAUUUCACGUUCCGGCAAUGGCUCUCCCUCGCACGACUUGGGUGCCUCCAGCAGGUUAUACAAAAGUCGCGCCCGCGAGCUUCAGCAGCAGGAAGGCAUGAGUGGGUUGCCUAACCCUUGGGGUGGGCCACCCACCAGUGGCAACUCCACGCCCCUUCGCGAGAACAUACCCGAGUCCCCCACAGAUGGCUUCCCGGAUUUUGCACAGCUUCCGACCUCGGACAGCCUCCCGCAACCGAGGCGAGCCCGUGCCGGGACCUUGCCCUCAAGGUUCUCCCCCGGCGGUGCUAGCAACGGGCUUUUGAACAUCCCAUCCUUGGCUGCUAAGACCUCAAGGCCAACCCCUACCCAGAGCCCCUUCAACAAGACUCCCUCACCAGGCCUGGAGCCCUCGGAGCCGCAGCCCAGCUCUUCUACCCUUCUUUCCAGAUUGCGUGCAGGAUCAAUGCCACAACGUAGCCCAUUCGCACCCCAAAUUCCGGGGACAAGCUCACCUUUCGGCCCAUCGAUAUUCACUAGCUGGAAUCCAACCGGCACUGGCCGCGAGCGUGGUGCGACUCUGGCCAGCAUCGCAAGCAUUGGUUCUAACGGCCCGGAUUCGCCUGCCCAAUCCGCCUUUUCUGCGGGUGGCGCAGGUGAGAAUGACGUCCACAUGCGUACCCUCGAUUAUUUAGGUCUAGCAGAGACCACACCGCAGCCAUCUAGGGCACAGCUUGCCACGCCGUAUAUCCCAACCUUGGCAGACUUCACCAAGCAAGCAAACCGAUUCCGAUCUUACUCUGUAAACAACAAGGAUAAAUACGCCGACGAGGAGGAGGAUGACUUCGACCCCGAUGAGCUCGCGGCCUACGAGGCCCGCCUGGUUGCUGCCCAGCUCCAGGACCAGCUUGCAGCGACCAACGCUGCGAUCCACAACCACAAUCUUGCUGUGCAGCAGGCGUUUGCAAGCCAGGCUGCCGUCUCGCGGCCUCGUGCUAGAACUGCAGGUGUCCUGGAUGCUCCAUCACGGAUUAUGCGGGGCUUCUACCCGACCCCGUCGCGUCUUGAUAAUGCUAUGAGCGCCGCAGACAUCAGGCUCACUGACGACAAGGACUUUGACGAGCUGCCAUCAGCCGUUGCUGCACUCACUCUGGGAAGAUCUAGCAGCACAAACAAUGGCCUCCUCGGCGUGGAGGAGCAGGGUCUUGAGGGCCCUACGAGUGCUCUCUGGCUCGGCAGCAUCCCUACUUCUACGACGACAUCGACCCUGACUGAGAUGUUUAAAUCAUAUGGGCCAAUUCUGUCUGCCAGAGUCCUUACUCACAAGAACUGUGGCUUUGUGAACUUUGAGCGUAUCGACAGCGCAAUCUCGGCCAAGUCCGGUAUGAACGGCAAGGAGAUCUUCCCUGGAGCGGGCCCCAUCCGCAUCAAUUUUGCCAAGCCACCCUCGGCUUCCAACACCCCCGGCCAUGAUGGCGCCUUCCCUUCUCCGAGCCCCGACCCGUUUGCCAAGGGACAAGACGGCACACAGGCCGGAAAGACAGGUGGGGCGGGUAGUGACUCUUCAGCACCCCAACCUGGAAACGUAACUCCGACGGUGCCACCCCUGCGGGAGAUGGCCUCUGAUAUUGCAGCUAUUGUGCAGCAGUUCGGUGCCACUGAUGAAGACACGUUCCGCAUCUCGCAUAGCGUGCAGAGAGCUACCCAGUUCACCAACUUUGCUGACGAGAUCCCUCCUAUCAAGGAGCCUGGCCACACCCGUGUUCACGAUGCACCCAAGCUGCGUGAUAUUCGCAAGAGGAUUGACAACCAGAGCUUGUCCAAUGCCGAGAUCGAGAGCAUUGCUGUCGACAUGCUGCCUGAGAUUGCCGAGUUGUCAUCGGAUUAUCUUGGCAACACAGUUGUCCAGAAACUUUUUGAGCACUGCAACGAUGAGUUGCGGGACGCCAUGCUCGGCGAGAUCGCACCCCACAUGGCUGAGAUUGGUGUCCACAAGAAUGGCACCUGGGCUGCACAGAAGAUCAUCGACGUGUGUAAGACGCCGAAACAGAUGAUGAUGAUUGUAGACCACCUUCGACCUUACACAGUCCCGCUCUUUCUGGACCAGUAUGGAAACUACGUUCUGCAGGGAUGCCUCAAGUUUGGAGCCCCGUACAACGACUUCAUCUUCGAGACUAUGCUCAGCAAGAUGUGGGAGAUCUCGCAGGGCCGGUACGGUGCCCGCGCCAUGCGGGCUUGCCUGGAAAGCCACCACGCGACUAAAGAUCAGCAACGAAUGUUGGCGGCCACGAUCGCCCUUCACAGUGUGCAGUUAGCUACCAACGCUAAUGGUGCUCUGCUCCUGACAUGGUUCCUUGACACAUGCACGUUCCCUCAACGGCGCACUGUUCUUUCACCGCAGCUAAUCCCUUACCUCGUCCACCUCUGCACUCACAAGGUUGCAUAUCUUACAGUGCUCAAGGUUAUCAACCAGAAGACCGAAGCUGAUGCCAGGGACACUAUUCUCAAAGCGCUUUUCUUUACAAAGAACGACCAAGUCCUUGAAGCCAUCCUCUCGGAUCAUGCUUGCGGCGCUACCCUGAUUUUCAAGGUCCUCACCACACCAUUCUUUGAUGAGAACAUCCGUAACCAGGUCGUUGAAAAUGUCAAGAACGUCCUCGUUCGGAUCAAGGCACAGCCGUCGCAGGGCUACAAGCGUCUUAUGGAUGAGGUUGGCCUAUCCACUCGCAACGGAGGUGUUUCGCGGGAACACAGCUCAAACAACGACCGCCCGCGUCCCGGCUCCAGGCAGGCUAGCAUGAACUCGCACCAUCGCGAGCAACAGCAGCAGCAACAGCAGUCUCAAGCCCAGGCCCAACAGAAACAACAGUCGCCGGCACAAACCCAGGCCCAGCAGCAAGCUCAACAGACCCAGACUCCACCCCAGUAUGGUGGAUCGAGCCAGUUCUUCAACCCGCUGAACCCCACUUCUGGCGGGCAGGGCUUCGAGGCAGGCUUUGGCAUGGCCAGGAGUGAUAGUGUCGAGCCGAACCUUCCGCAGCAGUUCCCUGGAUACGGGGCGCAGUCACAGAUGUUCCCUGGUGGGAAUGGGCCGAUGGGUGGUGCCGUGAACCUGCAGCAGUUGCAGUACCAGCAGAACCUGCUGUCACGGGCCACUCCGCCGAUGAGUAGCUACUUCCCUUCCAUGCAAGCCGGCUAUCCAGGCUUUCCCAACCCUGCUCCCUCAAUGGACCAGUUCCGCGGCCAAGGUCUAGCCAAUGGCAGCCCUAUCCAGCCGCCAAGUGCCCCCAUGGCGAUCCCAGGCGGCCAAAUGGGUCAAGUGCCUUUCGGUGCCCCUCCUGGCUUUGGAAUGCCCACUGGCGCCGGUGCGAUGCCUGACGGGUUUGCGUACGGAGGCAUGCCAAAUGUGACCUACAUGCAACAGGGUCAGGUCAACAACGCAAGGCGCGGACGUCAGCGAUGAUGGUCGACACGCCUUGGGACUUUUGAGGAAAACGCAUACAACUACGUAGCUGGCCUCGACCGCAUCGGCAGAAGGCGCGGGAUUCGAGAUCACCUCCAGCUGCUUUGAUGAGGCAUCGAUAGGGCGUUCUUGGGCGUACAGAUUCUAGCCGCAACCGGCUCGCAAGACGAGCUGGAAAUGUCGCACGUUCAAUUUUGUUUUCUUUGUUUCUUUGCCUUUUGCUUCUUUUACUCAUCUUAUCUUCUGGGUGUACAACAUGUGUAGAGAUUCUUUUUUCUGCCGGCACUCAGUUUCGUUCUUUAUCUUGAUUUUUUAACGUAUUUAGAGAGCUGCAUGGGUGAAAAAAAGCCAGAGUACAAAGCAAACAUCUACGCACUUAUACGAUCAAGCAGCAAGGAGGAAUGGGGGCAAUUAGGGGGAUGGAAUACGGAGGCUUAUUCUUAUGUUUGCUUUCUUGCUACUUGUGUUUCUGUUACUGGACCAGUUGUUAUAGCGAUGCUGUCCUGCCGUCGUCAUCGCUGCCUUUGGUGAUUUAAGGUUCAAGGUUGGGUUCAAGAGUUCGAACGACAACUAUCUGGUGACAAGUUACGGAAACGAUAGAGUGGAUGGAUGUAUGUACAAGUGCUGGACGCUCUAUGGAAAUGUUUAAACAUAUAUUAAACUUGGCUCAGAUUGUCAACGGGUCAAGCUCUAUUUUCGGUACUGGUUGGGUCUGAUCCAGCGUUUUCCAAAUGUCUCGUGUGCUUCG